AUGCUAUUUAAAAGCCCGAAGGAAGCAGGUUCCAAGUUUGGAUUUGCAUUAGUCGCUACCGCAUUCGCCACUCUCCUGUUUCCACUAAUUAAAGUGGUCGCCGCAGGUCUUUUUCAUGAUAGCACCUCUACAACGUCGGCACUAGUUGCUCUACAGCUUGACUCGAGUCUAGUUGAGAAUUUAUGGCUCCUUGAUUAUCACUUUGAUAACCGUCCAUACGUGGAGUGGGCAUCACAACUCGCCGAAUGGACAAUCACACCAGAUCUCAACGUGGCAGAGAGGCCCGGAAUUCUGGACAACUUGGUGAUCAGUAACCUCACAGAGUGGUCCCCGACGACGGCUGCCGCAUCCAAUAAAACAACAGGCUAUGAGAUCGAGGCUAGAGUACCGGCCCUUGCUGUUGACGUUGCUUGCGAACCUAUUUCGCCCCACGAGUUUGAGGUUUUUGCCUUUCGAAAUAACGAUUGUAACGAUACAAUUUCUUUCGACUUUCGUUGGAGCAGUAGUCAUUGCUUAUCAACCUUGAACAUCACCGAAGCGAACCAAAUAUCUCAUGGCAUCAACACGUUCUUAGAGAAUGAGUUUUUUUUCUCAUCACAGUGCUCCAAAGGAGCACCACCAUCCUACUAUGGAUCUUGCCAUAUGGACGUAUUUGGUACCACCUCAACAAUUGUUGUGUUUCUAGAGGAUUUUUCCAGUAUAUCGGGCCCGUUCGAGGCGAUUACAGAAUUCAAAAACAACACUAUCGUCAAUUCUGACACGUUUAACGUUUCUGUUCCUACUCUCCGCGGAUUGUCUUGCAAAGAAAAUAUUACGACCGUCGAAGUAAAUGUCAAGUUUAAACAGCCAACAAGCCUGGAUAUUAGCGGAAAUAUUACAAGUCUACCUUGGACCCCGGUCAGCUAUAAUCGUGAAUCAAUUACACACAUCACGGGCGUUAAUACCACCGGGAGGUUCCCAAUGUAUAUGGCUCCCAAAAGCAGCACUACUUCCAACAGUAUGGGAGCAAAUUUACUUGCAAUGCUAAACAGUAGCUCCCUCUGGCCUACUACUACAUCAAGUUCAAACUUCUUUGAACUUCUGGCUGCAUACGCCGAGUACAAAUUAAAUAAUCACACAGCCUUACUCGACGUCAACGAUCUUGCCAAGGCUGCAGAGGAAAUGUAUGUAGCAGUCACCCGAGAAUUACUAACUGAACGGCGGUCUUUUGCUCUGGACAUCGCAAACGCAACAAAUACGAAGAACAUGACAGGGACAAUGCGGCACCACCAGACACGAACCAAACAGGAUCUUAGAACGACGAUAAUUUUGGAAGUUCUUACAACGGUGCUUUUUUGUCUCCUUUGGAUUAUGUUCCGCUUUCCAAGCAGAUCAAUCCUUCCAAAAGCACCCGAUUCGAUUGCAGCUCGACUUUCUUUCCUAGCAAACAGUGCCCUGGUUCGACAUCUGAAAGAGGAAAAUAUUUCAUCAAUCAAAAAGACAGACAUCUGGAAAGAGAAAACUGGGCUUGGAUGGUGGCCAAUCCAGGAUAGAAGCAACCAUGAGCAUCCAAUAACGUGGAGGUGGGGCAUCGACGUAGGCCCAAACAUGGUUCAACGAAAAUGGAAUAAACCACCUAGCGAAAAUGCUUCGAGUGAAUUCAGCAAUGGAGAGGAAACAAGCGAUCCAUCGCUCUCCCACCACGGCAUUCUUCCGAACGAACCUACAUCACCACGGUCCUGGACCUCAGGUUUCUACGAUCGCAUACCCCAAGAAGAGGCAGGAAACAUGCGAGGCUCAAGCAGCAUUGACGACCCCGAGUCGCGUAGAAGCAGAAUUUCUGGGAGAGCAAGCAACGAGAGCUUGGAGUCGUCUCAAAACCUCCACAACACUGACGUGCCGCGUCAUGAAACACCGCAAAUUCUGCAACUGUCUCCGGUGUCUCCCAUUUUGUUGUCCCAAUUUCCUCUACAGCGGCGUUAUACAGAGCAGGAGCAGGAAAGGCGCGAGGGGUAGCCGAUUUGGAAUCCUGGAAGGUACUUCUCCCUACCACUCCAAGUAGGAAAACAUCAGUAACAAAGCAUGCAGUAGAUGAUCCUGUUUCUUUCGUCUCGGCGGGGAUAGUUUUUACAAUGCAAAUGUCUUCUUUGAAGCCGUUGCCACAUUUGACAAGUUUGUGUGAAAGUGCCAUCAACCAAACGGUCCAAGUGCGUUCGGCUGUUCGAAAUGACUGACACCCGCACCAGCAGGUAUACAUUAUUUGCCAUUCUUUUG